AUGACGUCCGAAAAAGGAUGCAGAAAGGACAAAAAUCAAAACAUCCAAGUGUUCGUGAGGCUAAGGCCUCUGAACCAAAGGGAGCGUGAUAUCAAGUCUCUCGGUGUGGUAGAAGUGAUAAAUGGCAGGGAAGUGGUCGUCCGUCAGUCGCAGCAGAGCAUGCACACAAAGAGAUUCACAUUUGACCGAGCAUUCCCACCCCAUUCUAAACAGGUGGAGGUAUACCAAGAAGUAGUGAGCCCUUUGAUUGAGGAAGUACUGGCUGGUUACAAUUGUACCGUGUUUGCCUACGGUCAGACUGGUACCGGUAAAACGCAUACGAUGGUCGGUGAAGCUGCCAACGAUGAAACCACUUGGCAGAGUGACCCUCUUGCUGGCAUAAUACCCCGUGCCCUCAGUCAACUAUUUGAUGAACUACGUAUAUCAAAUACGGAGUACACCGUCCGUGUGUCCUACUUGGAACUUUACAAUGAAGAAUUAUUUGACUUACUCUCAGCAUCAGAGGACAAUUCCAAACUUAGAAUCUAUGAGGAUGUCACGAGAAAGGGUGCUAAUAUUGUGAAUGGAUUGGAAGAGAUUACUGUAUACAACAAGAAUGAGGUGUUCAAGAUCAUGGCUCAGGGACAGGAGAGGAAAAGAGUUGCAUCAACACUAAUGAAUGCUCAAUCUAGCCGAUCGCACACAGUAUUCACGAUCGUGGUCCACAUGAAAGAGAACAGUCCGGAAGGUGAAGAAUUAGUUAAGAUUGGGAAAUUAAAUCUUGUUGAUCUGGCUGGAUCUGAAAAUAUUAGUAAGGCGGGUUCAGAUAAUCCCGCUAAACGCGAAAGGGCAAGAGAAUGUGUGAAUAUAAAUCAAUCAUUGUUAACGCUUGGAAGAGUCAUUACGGCACUUGUGGAACGUCAUCCACAUAUACCAUAUAGGGAAUCAAAACUGACAAGAAUCCUGCAAGAGUCUCUCGGUGGACGUACGAAGACAUCUAUCAUUGCUACUAUUUCACCGGGACACAAGGACUUGGAGGAGACUAUGAGUACAUUGGAAUAUGCAAACCGAGCCAAGAAUAUACAGAACAAACCAGAAGUUAACCAGAAGAUGACAAAGAAAGCGAUCCUGAAGGACUAUGCGGAGGAAAUCGAUAGACUCAAGAGGGAUUUACAUGCGGCUAGAGAGAAGAAUGGUGUAUAUUUGGCAAAUGAAACAUUCGCUGAAAUGACUCUAAAACAAGAGGAACAGCGCAAGGAGAUUCAAGAGUUACUCCUCAAGAAGAGAGCCAUGGAGGAAGAGAAGGAAAAAAUGGAGACGAUUUUCAAAGAAUUGAAUUGUUCGCUAGAGGAACACAGGCAGAAAUUAGACGCGACGGUUAAUAAGCUGUGUGAUACAGAGAAUAUGCUUGCUAAUACAACUAAUAUCCUAAACACAACAAAACUACACUACGAAGAGCAGAAGUACCUCGUAAGCAAACAAUCGGAAACAGAGAACAAGCUGUUGACUCAAGCUCAACAACUGUUAGAAGUGGCCGACAUGGCUUCCACUGACGCUGCCAAGCUACUGGACACUGUCGACAGGAGAAAAUGUGUAGAGUCAACGAAUCUCGAGAUAACGCGAACUUACCGCGAGAUAGCUUCACAGCAUCGCAAUAACCUCACCGGUGGUACGGAAAACUUUGUCGGAACACUCAUGCAGUCUCUCGGAGAUAUUCAAACUGCUUUAGAUACAUACACGCAAGACAGCACGGAUAUGCAGAACCAAACAAAACAGAAACUUGAUGACUUAGUUCAAAAAGCCAUGGAUGCUAUGAAUAAGAUGACUAUAUUAAAAAAUAAUAUCCAAAGUGAAAUAACAUCGACCGCUCAAAGUCACAGCUCCCAGUUCGAUCAAGCAUUAGAUAUCACAUCUAGGAACUUGCAGAACAUUCUAGAAAGAUUGGCAACGUGUGUGCUGGCGUGUUUGCAGAAAACCGGUGAUUAUGAUAUUAGUAGCAGUAUGACGAAUUUUAUAAAGAAAUGGCAAGCAGUAACGAUGUCAAACCUGACGUCUCUACACGUGACCAGUGGGAAGAUAGAAUCAAGCGUCUCUGAUACAGUAAAUCGUCUGCGACUUGCAACAAAACGACAGCGCGACGAUCGCAUCGCGACCUGCGAGCGAUUAUCGCGCGACAUACAGCAGCGACUCACUUCAAUAAUGGACGAAAAAAAUCAAACAGAAAAAUAUUUAGCAGAACAAGUAACAAACAUAGAAAAUGAGAAAGUACAAUACGAAUCCCGUCUUCUAGAGUGGGCAGAAACAGAGAGGAAACUUCUAGAAGAACGCAUAGAACGUCAAAUAACAUCGGAAAGAAAAUUCCUAGAAAGUAGAAUGAAAGAGAAGUUAAAGGAUAUUAAAAAUCAAAAAGCAGUAUUUGAACAACGGAUAGUUGAUAAUGUAAAUCAACUAAACAGUAUGUUAGCAGUUAAUCAAGAGUUGAUGGAGAAGAUCGGAGAAGAUUUAGUCGAAAAUGAGAAGGAGUUAGAUAUAUGUGUAAAUGAUUUAAAGAACUUUGUGCACGAUUAUGAGAAAGACCACACAUAUAUGACGUCUAAAAUAGAUAGUCUUAGUGACGGUGCCCUGGAUGUAGUCAAAGACGUUAAAAAGGAUUUACUUGAAAAUCUACAACAGACGAAGACACAUGUACAGCAUGAAUCAAGAGGAAUAAUUGAACAGAACCAGCAGUCACUUAGUAAACUAUUGGAAGAAUCUAAUAAACUCGUGGAGUCGAUAACACAGACGUGCCAGCGGACCUUGGAUACCAUUGUCGGAGAAGUUAAUCUAACAACAAUGUCAACGAUCGAUGAACUGUCAUCAUUAUCAUCAAUCACAUCGGCCUUGGCAUCGUCGAGUCACUCUCAUCGCAACAGCCAGACACAGACCCUGACAUCCGUACAGCGGGACAUGGAACAGUUCUACGGUGGAGUCAGAGAUGAAGUGGCUCGGCUUGAAGAGUUGGAGAGACGGUGUUUGAAUCAAGAGUACACAGUUUAUAAUCCUACCGGCGGCACGCCGGCGCGCGCCGACUACCGCUACCCGCGCGCGCUGGCCGCUACCUCGCCGCACGAGCGCCUGCUGGCGCGCUUCCGGGCCGCCCGCCGCGCCAGCCACGACGACGAUUGCAUCCUAAUAGAGAAUGAGUGUGAAACGCGCAGUGAUAGCGAGUCUUCCAUCUCUGAGGACUCGGCGGUGGUGUUCGCGGCGCCCUCCCCCCCAGACAGUGGAAACCAACCCACUAUUGUGAAAUGUACAUCUGAAACAGACAUAUAUUUGAGACGACGACGACAAGAGCAACAGGGCAAAGAAAACGCGAAUCGUUCGAUGUCGUUCAAGAAGCCUUCAAAGUUACCCGCGCCCACCUCUCACAAGAAACCCCUGUUCGAAAGAAACGCGGACAACUGA